AUGGUUUGGACGAUGUCCACAUCCGCCAAGCAACAAGCCGUCGCAGAGGGACAAGAGGACAUCUGGGAUAAGGAUGUGGACGUCGACAAGGAUCAGAGUAUGCCAUCCGGUACUCAGUCCAGCUAUCCGAAUUCCACUCAGAAUACUGAUGACGAUAUGGAGGGCAUGAAUGUGUCCAACAUGUUCAAGAGUGAUCGGUUGCGCCAUGCGAAUCCACAAUCUGCGAAUCAGCAUAGCGAAGGACCUAGUGAGGGUUACCUGACUGAAGGCGCAUGA